GCAGGGACAUGUUUGAUAAGAAUUUUGCGCAUUGCCUUGUUAGUUGUGAGCAGAUGUGAGUCGAGCAAGAUUGGAGUCAGUUCAUGUAGCUAGCAGUUAGUUGUAGCUGUGUUAGCAUUGUAGUUAGCUAACUAGCCGGAACCUUUGGGUUGGUGCCCAGUGAUAAAUAAUAGUGAUAACUAAAUAGCCCUAGGUAAUAUCAGCUGCCAUUUGAACUUAACAUUUACAUUUAAUGUUAGUGUACCUAGUGUCAUGGUGUCACUUUCCUAGGAUUACGGGAAAAAGAUGAUUCCAAGUUGCUAGCUAACUUUAGCUAAGUCAGCCACUAGCUAACGGUGAACUGGCAGACAAGGUCAGCCAGGUGAUUUCAAAACUGGUUCCUGUGCAGGCUGACUGGCUUGCAAGUUUUAGUUCCUGUGCAGUACAGUAAAGCUACUUGCUUGAUUAAAGGAUUGCAAUGAAACCAGCUCAGGAGCGCAACCAGGAGUGCCUGCCUCCUAAGAAGAGGGACCUCCCAGUUAGUAACAGCAGUGGAGUUCCAGGGACAGGGGGUAUUGGGCCUGCAGGAGGAGGUGGCAGUGGAGGGGGCAGCAGUGCUGCUGGUGCAAUUGGAGAUGAAGUGGUUUCCAUCCAGAACUCUGCAGCAAAUAAUGACACUCAGGGAGGGACCCCAUCUGGAGAGUGGCUGCGAACUCAGCCAGGGCUUCAUUAUGGAGUGGAUAAUUCUGAUGGCAUACCAGCAGUGCCCGUCGACCAGUACAGUAUGCUCUACAAAGUGGCUCUUCCAUCUGUUACCUACUCACCUACAAGUCUUCAUCCAGUGUUAAGCCACAUCUCUCCAGGCUACACUGUACACUCGCCCCUCUUGCAGCAUCCUGGCCUUCCCUAUCCUCCUCUUGGUUAUGCCCAGAUCCCUCACUCCUCACUCCAGUUUGUUAGCUCCCCUUAUGCAGCGGUACCUUAUGCUCUACCCCCUGGCUUUGUCCCGGGAUCAUUGAUUUCUCCCUCAGGCACCAUUCCUCAGCCCCACACUGUGUCCCACCUUGUUCCCUAUCCAUCUGUCAUACAAGAAGGUGUUGUUUCCCCUCCUCCCCAGGCCCAGGUGGCUGCUCAUACAUUUGCCAAAGUUGCAGCAUCCAGUGGGGUCCCGCUGAUGUUGCCUUCAGAGCAAGCUGCCCAGCAGCACCUUGGUACUGUGGGAGUCUUGCCUGCAGCAGAUGUCAGCUCUCGAGGGAUGCCAGUCUUCUACCAUGCUCAGGGUGCCAGGGCUGCCACUGCCACCAGAGAUUCCCACAGUGCCCAGCAGGAGCAUGAACCAGAGAUGAAUGGAAGCGAUAAAGAGCAGGGAACCAGGGAGGUUGUACUAGACUCAGCCUACAUUGCUAAAAAUGCACGUCUGCUGCAGGGAGCAUCCAGCUCUACGGCACAAGAGCACAGCCAAGACAGAAGCCUGCUGAACCGAAGGCUGGAAGGGAGGGGCUCACCUGGCCAGCCUAGCACUCCUGACUCUGACCUGGAGGUGCAGCAGGUGGUUGGUCGUUUGGCAAGUCAGGGUGCUAGUGGAGUGCGUAAAGAGGUUUCCUUUGCUCCCUUGAACCUCUCUCAGGGUCCUCCGAGAGCCAGAGAUGUCCACGGAGAGAGCACAGGUGUAAUUUCUGGCCGGACUGCGUACACAGCCCAGCCUUUGUGUUAUAAUGACCCCAGAGUGACUGGUCUCCAGCAGCAAACAGGACAACAAGGCCAUGCUGUCAUGCUUGCCAAUGGGCAACCAGUUCUUAUCCCCCUGGAGUAUCACCUGCAGCAUCAGCCCCAUCCACCGCAGCAACACUACCCAGGACAGGCUAAUGAUGGUUCAGCCAGCCAUGCCUCUACCACCACGGCCUCCCCUAAUCCAAGCUUUAAAGCCUCUGAUUCUUCAGCCAGAGUGUGCCUCCCUGAAAGAGCGGAGUCAACCACAGCUCAGCAUCAGCUUCCCCAGCAGCCUCCUGCCCAGCUUGCUGCAGAUGUGACUCAGGCCUUAGCUUCUAGCCUUGCUCCUGCCCCGGCUCCCUGCAACCCUUCACACUUCAUGAAGGGGGCCAUCAUCCAGCUGGCUACAGGGGAACUGAAGCGUGUGGAAGACCUGCAGACUCAGGACUUUGUGCGGAGCGCCGAGGUGAGUGGGGGACUUAAGAUUGACUCCAGCAUGGUUGUGGACAUCCGUGCCAGCCAGCAGAGACCAGGUCUUGUGUCACUUUAUUUCACUGUGGGCGAACAGCAGAGCAAAGUGACCAUCGACGUGCCCCCAGAGCACCCAUUCUUUGUGUUUGGUCAGGGCUGGUCAUCCUGCAGCCCUGAACGCACAGCCCAGCUCUACGGCUUGGCAUGCCAUCAUCUGCAAGUAGGAGACGUGUGUGUGUCCAUUGCACUGCAGCAGCAGCAGCUUCAGCAACAGCAUCAGAAAGAACCUGAGCACCAUCAUUCACAACAACAGCAGCAGCAGCAGCAACAACAACAACAACAACAACAGCAGCAGCAGCAGCAGCAGAACCUGUCCAGGACUUUGAGCAAAACCAGUGCGACAUCAGGACCUGGUCACCAGCUCAUGGGGCCUCCUGCCCCUCAGCAGUCACGGCCUCAGUCACAUUUCAGGCUAGACCGCAUCCACAGAGAAAGACAGAGGGAUGGAGAAAAAGAUGUGGUAGAUAAGGAGGAAGCCACACAUUUUGGUGUUGUUGGGCACAACGAGUUGCCCAUCAGACCAAGCAGGACCUCAGUAGAGCAUCCAAGGAGCCAAAGCAGUUACCACUUGCACACACAGGGCUCUGCUUUUGCAGGGGCAGGGAUGGGAGCAAUGCAGGCUGUGCUAGGUGCUUCUCAGAGGCGCUGGUCGUCCCCUGGCCUCCAAAGAUACAAUAUGAAGGGAGACGAAGGGCCACACCCACAAAUAAGCACCUCCAGCCACACCUCCAGGCCCUCUUUCAUCCCCCAGGAGGUCAAGCUGUCCAUAGAGGGUCGCUCUAAUGCAGGGAAGUAGCAUCACAUUUGGUAGCAACUAUAGAGGAGACUGCCAUGAGUAAGACUGAGUCUGACAAGGAGAGAAAGAGGAAAAUAAAGAGUGCGAAUGUAGCCUCAGAAUGUUUGAGAUUUUGCACACCUAAAAUGUACAACAUUACAAGAUCUUUGUCUAUCUGGUGGGAAAUUCUGGUUGGUUUGGUUGUCACUCAGCCAAAGGAUACGAGCCUGUGGUUUCCCAGCCAGCUGAGGUCUGACAGAGACAUGACAAGCGAAGUACAAAGUAUGUAGCUGAUGAAAUGCCUCUCAUAGUCCUUACACACUGCAUUUCUCUUACACCCUCCCGUCUUUGUCACCACUUCCUCAUAACCGUGCUUGGUGGUUUCCAUUGCAUUCGGAAAACUUGUUGCUUCCUUUUUGACCAAACUUUGGAAGACCGUGGACUAUGAAGAAUGUGUUUGUAGCUCCGUGAAGCUACCAACCCUGCAGGUUCUGAUGUAUUUAAAAGAUCACAACCGAUGAUCUUUUAUCUCCUCCAUUCCUAAGAUCCUGUUUCCUUCAAAAGCAUUUACCUAAAAAAUAGGGGAGCUGCUGACAUCGGCAGCUCAUGUGGUGAUGUUGGCACUGUUGAUGCUAAGUGUUAGUGUAUGUUACAUUAUUUUUCACCGGCGGGAGUCUAAAACCUCCUUUGUCAGCAGUCCGCAAAGAAUGGGAUCUUCCCUCGGGUCAAGUCUGGCAUGUCCCGCUUGUCAAAAUAGUGAUAAAUCAAUCAGUCCGUCUGUUCGGCAAUCAGUUUCCACUCUAAACAAGAAAUAACUCGCCUUCAUUACACACCAUCAUGCCCUCUGGUUUAGGAUGAAGGCCCUAACAUCUGUGUGUGUGUGUGUGUGCGCGUGUUGGGAUGCAAGUCUCAGAUUUGCUGAUCUGUUCUCUAUGACAGCUAUCUGUCGCAUUCCGGUAUCAGUGAGAAUAUCCAUCACUUAGUGUUUAACUUUUACCCACUUGUAGAGGAUCACUUCCCAUCCCGAGCGACACCCUCCCUCCUCCUCCUCCUCACUAGACCUCAGAGCUUUCCCCACCAGACUGAAGACUUUUAAUGCAAUUUUCAAGACUGUGAUUAACGGAGGAUGCACUGGCUGGUCAUCACCAAAGCCACCUGUGGCAAUGAACCAGAGAGAUUACCCAAUCACAUCCCUGGCUGCAGGCCACUUAAGCCUAAAAACCCUCGGGAGAGUGGAAAGGCCUUGUAGUUUUCUUUGGAGAGAAGCCGACCCUGUGUGCGAGUGAGACAAGUGACGAGGUGUUCUCUUUGUCCUCAAAUUAAGUUACUCUUUGCUCAGUUACCAAAUUAAAGCAAUAGUUGUUUGCACAGCACUCAGCUGUACUGCUCACCCCCAGGAACCUCUGGUCGUGGGCUGUUUUAUAUCUGUAAACGUGAGGUGUGAGAUCUGACCCUCUCUUAACCCCCUGACUUUUAAAGGCGAUGCACUAUUUUGUUGUUAAUUUUCAUUGACGCUUCAGUAUGCAAAGCAUGCCUUUGACAACUUUCUCAAGAAAUCAUUAUAGACGAAGCCGCUUGUCUUUGAUUCUCCAUUUUACUGAUGGUUUUGUUUUUUUUCUUUUUUUUUAGCUCUUAUGCAGAUUUACUCAAGUGCAUCUGUAAGAAAGGCUUGACUCUUAUCAAGUUUGUUAUCAUUAUCAACUUAUCUUAUGUCUUUUGUUUGAACAUAUACAGUCCUUUUGCUUUUGUACUAGAACCUACUUUAUCCAGUUGAUCUGAUGAUUGUCUUGUGUUGCACAUAGAAAAUGUCACUCAUUGACUUCACACUGACUUUGUUAAUAGGAAUCACAGUACCAUGGGUGUUUUUUUAGUUUGUUUUGCUAUGUUUUUUUUUUAUGAAGGGAAUAUGUUUGAAGUGUUGUUGUUGGGGUUUUGUGAUGAGCAAGAGGAGGAAAAAAAUAACUGACUUGGAUUUUUAACUGUUUACAAAUUAGCCGAAAUGAAUGCUGCAGUUUCCUACAUCUGACAGAUUUUUAUUCAAAAAAAAAAAUCCACACGGAUGAAAUUGAAAAUAAGUGCAAUUAGACCACCCAUAAAAUCAUUGUGGUUUAUAAUCAGAUGGCAUUCCUCACACAAGACAUUCCCAUUAGAAAGUGGAAAUCGGACAGUUUGUUUGUUUGUUUUUCAGUCAAAACAUUUGAUCACUUUUGAAUAUUUCAUACAUUACCUGUUACAUUUCCAUUCAUUGGUUGUGCUCAGACAGGAGGAUCAGCAGGUUACAUGAUUGUCAGUUUUGUGUCUAAUGUGUUGGUGCCGUAGGUGCUGUAGACAACCUGACCCUCUGUCAGCAGUUAGAGGGCCUGCGAGAGAAGAAUCAGGCAGAGGGAGCUGAACUGGGCCUCUCCGGUACUGUCAUUAUGAGCAGCUUUAAAGGGCAGGUUCACGUCUUUUUCAAGUCUUUCUUAUAACAGCUCUCACAUGCCCGUGAAGAGUUACUGGUUGCUGUAAUCAGUCCUCCUGUCUGUAAGGGACUGUGUUAAGAUUCCACAACUAAUAACUUUUUUGGUGCAUAUGUGAUAAGUUGGUAUUGUGGUAAGAUUGGAAAAAACAAAUUAAAACUAGCCUUUUAAAAUGCUUUGCAAAGGGAGAUUCAGAAAAAGUACUUUUACUGCAGUUAAAAACACAUCUCAUGAGAUGCUUAACACAAAGAUUUUUUUUUUCCCCCAUGGUGUAAGCAAUAUACAUGAUACCUGAAAACAUUUCAUGUAGUCUUGGCGUUUUCUAUGCAGUAAACUCAGUAUUGUACCCAUCGUUGUCUUAAGUGCAGCUCUCUGAAGCAGCAGGACAGGUUGGCUGAUGCAGUCAUUUUACGCUGAUGUCUUUUUUUUUUUUUGUGCUUUAAAUGACCUUUUUAUAGGAGUACAAACCAGUAUUUUACUUCUUUACUUUCUAUUUUUCCUCAGUGGUCUCAAUCUUCUUAUGUAUAGCACACCGCUGAGUCACAGAUUGGUGAACAUUUAUUGUUUAUUCUUACAAUGCCACACUGUCGAGGGCGAAAUCACUCGAGACUUGUGUCGCUUGAAUUUAUCAAUUUUGUGUUUGUCGCGCGUUAUUUUAGGCACGACUGCCAGGCCACCUCACCAUUUGUAUUUUAGGUCAAGAUGCAUUUGAUGGGAUUUAAAUGGUGCAAGCAGUGCCACCUGUGACUUUACCUCCUGUUAACUCUCACAGCAAGGCCACCCUGUGCUGCUGUGAACCUGUUAGUUUCUGCCCCGUGCUUUGAGCAGUGUGUGUGUGCGCCACGUUGAAGCAGGAAAGCUCGACUCCAACCAAGAUGUCCAAUGAGUCUUGUUCACAUCACUGAUAGUCUGCUGUAAGUAAUUGCACUAAAUGCCCUCAUUUACAGUGUUGUAAAAUGAAACCUGUUGGUUAAUUGAAGAGUCUCACAAUGUAAAGCACACAAAAUCAUCGAGAGAUCACAAGUUGUGUGUUUCUGUAGAUAGAUGGGUUUUUUUUUUUGUUUUUUGUAUAGAUAGCUUUGAUGAUGCUUGUUGAUAAUGCCUUAAAUUCUGCUUUGUACAAUGUGUGAAAUUGAAAUAAUGGAACGAUGCUUCUGGUAGACUUGGUGUCCCCUUUUUGGGCCGUACAAGAACAAAUCAGAAACGUCAUGCUUUUGAGCAGAAAUUUGCAUCUCUCAAAGGGUGGUGGUGAAUUCUCUUAGGGCCCCCCACACGGUUCCACUUAGUCUUCUUGUUUCUUUCUUUUCUUUUUUUCGUUAUCUACUCCGUUACAUUUGUAAUACACUCUUAAAGCUCAUCAUAUUUACCUUUUACUUCCUGUUUUUUUGUUGUUGUUUUUUUUCCUCAUUGUGUGGAAGUGAAGUAAAUGGAUGCUCUUAUCUGCACUUUUUAAAAGACGAUGUUAAGAGUGUCACCAAGGGAGGGCAAUGCAUUAAUUCCACACACACACACACACACACACACACACACACACACACACACACACAUGCUGACAGACAGAAAUGCACACACAUAAGUUCUUUUUGUUGUUGCACACGAUCUUUAGUUUUUUAUCCCUUGAAAUAAUGGAUUGUGUUUGGUGUCUUGUGCUUUGUCCCACGGUCUCUGGACAACAUAAGGUGGCUUUGAAUAAAUGGAGGCCGACAGGCUGCAUAAAUCAGAUAGCUUUCCAUUGGUGGUAAAGUAAUGAUUUAUUAUGUUUUGUGAUGUUGGCAAAUGGGGACUUUUACUCUCUGUGUGAACUACUUCCUGUUGUUUGUUCCAAUGGUGAACUGCAAAGGUGAAUUUAGGACGGUUUUGGUGUUGAUGUCGAAUUAAAUCAGGAGAACGGUUCAAAGUUUUAAAGACGUCUGUGUAUUUUCAGAUUUGACAUUGUACUUUUUUUGGCACACGGUGACACUGCUUUUUAUGUGAUGUGUAACUAAAAAUGAAACAAAAAAACAGCAAACUUUUUUUUUUAAAAAAAAUGCCUAAAUCUGCAAAAUAUAUGCAAUGAUGUAAAUGUAACAUUCAAUUCACAAGUAUGAUCCAGGUUGUAUGAACUUUGUAUUGUGAGUUUUAAUAUUGUAUGGCCGUACCAAUAUGUAUUGAUCUUUAUCAGAAGCCUUAGAGUUGUCGACCGAAAGUGCUCCCUUAGAAUACCCUACACCUACCUGACUUUAACAAAGCAUUAAUAUCUCUAUUUUGUUGCUUUUUUAUUUGUACCGUUUUUGAAUAAAAUAGAUUUGUACUGUAUAUUUGUACCUCUCUGUGAACUACUUAGGGCGGUUUUUGUUUUUUUGUUUUGCUGUUUUAAUUCUAUGUACUUUAAGGACACAAAGAUAUUGUAUUUUUAUUGUUACAGCUAACUUGGAGACAUUGCAUUUAUCAUGUUUGUCAAGUAAACACAAUAUAAUAUAUAUAUAAAUAUAUAUACAAAUAUAAAUAUAAACUAUUAUCCAA